CAGGCCAUGAGCAACCCUCUCACAAAGUUCACUGAAAAUGCAGUUCACGAAAAUGGAGUCAAGGUGGCACCUCCAGCUAUCCUGGAGGGGUGCACAUUGACAAUCGAAGGACAUGCCAGUGGGGGCCACAUUCCUGCGAUGCAGCUUGUGGGGACAUCGGCAGUCGGCAGGGCAUUUACUGUCGAUAGACAGAAUUCUAGACAGGCCAUGACAGCUUCCAUUGCAGGAUAGGGAGGAACUUGCUAGCAGAUUCUACCUUGGUAGCGUCGUGCCUGUAAAACCUGCCAGUUCUUCCUGCAACAUGCUCACGUAUAAACGCGGUUGUCGAGCUUCUGCUCUGCACACUUUGACGUCCCUCAGCAAUGCCCCUUUGCUGCCUCCACCACCAUUGACCACACGCGUUCUCCCAAUCAACAGGUCUGCUUGGCAGGUGGUUGCAGCAAGCAGUGCAGUAAAUUCCAAUGCGACAUCAGCAACAAGCCCUGCUUCAUCUUUGACCACCAAUCAGCACCAUCUUCCUAGAGGGUUUCCUCAGAGCACAGAUACAAGGCCCCAGCAGGCCCUAUCAUCAGGGGUCAAAGCUGAUAGGAUAACGGCAAACAAAGUAGAUGCCGAGGGUAGCGAUAUUCUUUUGGAAAUUAGACCAGAAUUCACAUCUGAUCAAUUGCUAAGUAAGGUUUCCACUUGGGGUGUCGGGGGCCUUGCCAAGUACUUCAUUGAGGUUCAUGAUGCAAGCCAAAUGGCCCAUGUUUUGAGGUACUGCCAUCGCGAGAAGAUCCCCACCUUUGUUCUUGGGAAGGGCUCUAACGUGCUCUUUGAUGAUCGGGGCUUCAACGGGUGCGUCAUUCUGAACCGGGUGGAGUUCAUUGAGCCUGGUCAAGAGAAUUUAUUCAGGGCGGGGGCCGGGGUCGGUUUCAACACCCUGGGAAUCUUGACAGCUCGUCUGGGAUUCACGGGGCUCGAGUUCGCAAGCGGGAUACCGGGCACCGUAGGGGGGGCGGUCUUCAUGAAUGCAGGAGCGCAUGGUUGCGAAACAGGAGAUGUGGUCGACUCGGUGGAGAUUGUAACAGCGGAGGGAACGUCUAGGACGCUGACCCGGGAUAACGGAGAGCUGGCGUGGUCUUACCGGACAUCGCCCUUCCAGCAGAUGGAGGGCCUGGCAGCCAUUGUAGCAGCCACGUUCAAGCUGGACAAGAGCGGCGAUGCCCGCAAGCGGCAGUUGACGUUCAUGGACAGCCGACGACAGACGCAGCCGAUCACUGCCAAGACUGCGGGGUGUGUUUUCCGCAAUCCGGGGGGAGGGCAGCCGUCGGCUGGUGCUUUGCUGGACCAACUCGGCUUAAAAGGCCUCUCAAUUGGGGGCGCUCAAGUGUCUGAGAAGCAUGCGAACUUUCUGGUAAACACAGGGUCUGCUACUUGCGAAGAUAUCAGGGUGCUGAUCGACGAAGUGAAGAAACGGGUAAAAGAGAAAACAGAGGUCGAACUGCACGAAGAAAUCAGGUACGUUCCUCAUGGGUACUCGAGCCAGCAGUAACGGGCGUUUUUGUCAGUACCUUUCGGCUAUAGCAUGCGGCUCUAGCUGAUUGGGUCUUCUUAACAAAAGUACUUCUACGAGAAUCAAAAGAAAACUACUUGCGAAGUUCUCAAUUAAGUCAAAACCUGGGUCAAAACACAGUCAGCACUUUCGAGUAAUCCGUUUAGGUCCGAUUUUAAUAGAGUCAUCGACCUAGCUGGAUUUGACUCAACACGUACGAUCAUGAGAUCAAAAGCAUGGUGGA